AUGCGUUGCAAUGAGGCUUUUGUGAACACGCGGUAUUACUAUCAUGAAGGGUUUGCCUUCUGCGGUGAGAAUCAUACUUUCCUGCACACGAAUGACGAAGCCCACCGCAGCGGGAAUGCCGAGGGUUUCGACCCACUUGGCGAUUGCACCGACUCCAAAAAAGUUAAGUUGGCAGUUGUGGUUGACCCACACGACAGGGUGAACCAACGACUUCUAAGCCAAAAUGGCUCGGGCCUCUCCCUUGACCUUACUAGAAUUUUCGUGCCUAUUCCGUUACAGCACCUCCACGCAAAAUCCAAUCUGCGCGAUGACGGCAGCGCACAGAGAAUAUCUAACGCCUCAGGCGUCAGUCAUAAUCGUUAA